AUGACGAAUCGUUUAGGGGUGUUUGAACAGUUGACAAACUAUACGUUGGGUGUACUCGACGAUAUAUUACCCGGAGGAUCAUCAGUAAAAGAGAAUAUCGGCAAUGUUGUUUUUAAUAUCCAUCAUUUUACUCAAUUUGUUUUCGAUGGUCAUCAUAUUUAUGUGUAUAGUCCGAAGAAGAAUGAAGAGAAUGUUCAUGAACCUCGCAAAUGGACGUUUUUUUACGUGCCUAUUCUACAGCCUGUUCAAUCGUCGUUAUUGUCACCUUGGGUAUCGAUUAAUAAACUGGAAAUACGUAUUCGAUUAGCUUUGGGCACGUCUCAAGUUCAAGAAGCUGCACGCCAAGCUAUAAUCAAUCAAUUUGAUGAUGAAACUGCAACGAAGUACUCACGAUCAUGGGUGAUCGCUCCAUUAAUGUUAGAUUCACUUUCUGCUUAUGUCGUCGCAGCAGGUUCACUACCCGUUCCAGGUGUUGUUCCAUUUCGGAUCGAUAAUCCAAAUUCCGAUAUAGUUACAUUACGUUUUGUUACUUUGACAAAGGAAGCUGCUCUGUUCGUUGCAGUUGGUCUACUCGUUGGAGAUUUGGAUAUCGAAGUGUCGCUGCACUUUUCCGGCAUGCAUCGCGUUCGCACAAAUAUGAUGACUAUCACUGGUACACAACUUCAGUCUAUUUUAAGCAAGACAAUCGCUGAUGGCGGUGGAACUAAUUCGACGUACAUCCACCGAGAACAAGCAUCGAGUUUUAUCGCAAAAUAUCUGACGAAUGUGAAAAAACUGAUUUACAUCGAAGAUUCGAAUGCAAAUACAUCGAUUAUAACACAUGGCCUCCAAGAACAACUCGGAACACUCUUUCAAGAAAGUAUGACCAAUGCCAAAGAAGUUCACAUUAAAGCAAAUGCUUUCGGUCAAGUAUGGCAAGCGUAUGACCUCGAUCCCGAUCGGAUAACCAGGGAAAUAGGUCAAAUUUUUACGUUUAAUAAAAGUGAGACAGAGAAACGAAAUAGUAGCGAAAAUUAUUUCUCCGUCAAUCCAUUGAGAGAUUGUUCUCUACCAGUUCGCACGCCAUUAUAUACACGAAUUCGAACGGUAUUUAUUUCCUGUCCGGACAAUUCCAAUCAAAAUGAGCAGAGCUCGAAAAAUAGAGAAUACGGAAACACUACUCAUGAUGUAGUUUCGGCAACGGAUAUUAAAAAUGCAGCUGCACUAGCAGCGAUCGAUGGUAGUUGGCAAGGUGUGAAAUUCAUUCCAAAAUCGUUUCGCGUCUUCAGAUUAAUCGACGUCGUCGAUCGACUACAAGUUGCCGUCAUUGCUAAACAACUUCUAGCUGAAAAAGCCACCGGAGCUGUCAUUCGAAGAGUCAGCGCUUCGGCAUCAUUAUCCAAUGCACUAAAUAUCUUUUCCUCAUUGAACAAUGAAACUCUCUAUGCAGCAUUGGAAAACAUUACGAUUCUAGCAUCAUUGAAUUUAACAAGCGAUUCAUCAGCAACUGAAAGCCAAACUUCAAAUACUUCAAUACCGAAUGAAAACUUCCUCACUGGUGAAAUCAAAUUGUAUGCUGGUUCGUCUCCUCCUUCACCAUCGUGGCUUUUAUGUAACGGAUCAAUUGUUUCUCGCAGUGCAUAUCCUCGAUUAUUUUCAGUUAUCGGAACACGAUACGGUCAAGGAACUAAUUCGGAAACUUUUCGUUUACCUGAUUUACGUGGUCGCGUACCAAUCGGUGUCGAUCCCGAACAGACUCGUCUCAUCAAUGCUACAGAUCUUGGAAACGAAGGUGGCCGAUCUAGUCAUACAUUAACUAUAGAUCAAUUACCAACACAUCAGCAUAAUUCUGGCUCAUUCGAAACAUCAUCGGCCGGAUAUCAUAAUCAUCAUGUUCACGAUCCUGGUCACAAUCAUGGUGGUUUUACGAGCACAUAUGCUGUUUCAUCGUCGUCAAGGACAAAUUACGGCGAACAUUAUUAUCAAACGAAUGGUUAUCGACAAUGGCAAUCAUUCACUAUUCCAUCGGCAGUUACACAAAUAUCCUUAAAGUCGAGUGGUAACCAUACACAUGAAAUAACAGGUCAAACAGGCUCAAUCGGACAAAACCAAUCAUUUUCAAUUCUGCCUCCAUUUCAAAUAUUCAAUUAUAUUAUCUACUCAGACUGA